AUUCCUAGGACACAUGAAAAGCGACACCUGCUACAGUGGGACAGUGACAUUGCGUACCAGAAAGGAUCAACGAAAAUCUGGGUACCCAAUUACCCUCCUUUGUGCCAGUUACUGCUCAAAGGAUACUACGAUGUCCUAUAUGCGGGACACUUCGGUAGCAACACGACGCUCACCGGUAUUGAAAAGCACUACUAUUGGCCCCACAUGGCAGACGACGUUAAGAAAUUCGUCACCUCGUGCGACACAUGUCAGCGGAUAUAGAGCAGCAAGCAAAAAAAGGCAGGACUGCUACAGCCUCUUCCUAUCCCAGAACAGCCAUGGAAGAUUCACAACGCCUUCCAUGUCCCUGAG